AUGUCAACUUCGUCCACGAGACCGGGCGUCUCACACAUGCCCUCCGGCUCGUUCGGACACAGUCGAAGACCUCCGCGCGGCCACACGCGCUCGGGGAACUGGUCACAGGCUACUUUUGCAUCGCCAGUGAUCAAUGAGGGCGGCAUUCAGGAAGAACACCAUGCCCACGACCAUGACCAUGAACAUCACUCUCCGGGCCAUGUCCAGCACCAUGAGGAGCAUACACAUGAAUUGAAUUCGACUUCCGGUCCGCCGGCGACGGACGCCCAUGGUCAUUCCCACUCGCAUUCGCAUGUCCAUUCACACUCCCUCUCACACUCACAUUCGCAUUCGCACUCGCACUCGCACUCGAACGGCCACAGGCACUCUCACUCCUUGGUUAGCAAUGGGCUGGGGAUAAAACCAGACGGCUCCGAGGAGAACCCGGUCCAAGCAAGCAAAGCUUCAGACGCAUACUCAAUUCCGUUCCAAGCUUCGGAGCAGAUUCCACUGAGCUAUGAACUCGUAACCGGCGUUCUCACGGCGCUGCCAUGGUCCGUACUAUCGUGGUAUCUAAGGGCAUACACGGCACCGACAUCGCACAAAGUCUGGCGAAUGCUCAAGUCGGCGGCUGCCAAAAAAAAGCUCAUGAAGACAUACUCCCCAGAAACAUCCGUGGAUACAGUAUGGUGGCGCACGCUGAUUCUGGUUUCCUUUACGAUGCUUUUCAUUGGCGGUAUAUCCCUACUUCGACGCCUCCGAGCUGGGCAGGCUCUUCCGAACAUGACGAGUGUACAGAUUAACGCUGGCUCGGCGAAAAAGGCCUUGAUACAUGUCGUGUCGAUUGCGCUUCCGAUAUACUCUGGGAUGAUUAUUGGUGGAACAAUGGUUGCUCUCGCGCUGGGCUUGACGUAUGCAGCUGGUAUCCCGGUAAUAUUCAACCAGGGCGAAAAAAUCGCCUCACUGCAAGAACGGCUCGGAAGUAAAAAAGCAUCGCUAUUCGUUUUGUCGUUGUUUGUGGUCUUGAAUGUGCUUGGAUACGAUUUUCCUAUUGAUACCCAACCUUUUCGUGGAUAUGUUGCACUCGCAGUUUCGAUAUUCGUUCUUCGUCCGCCUUUUCCUGCCGCAAGAGAUUCCAUCCCGGCAACUCAGAAACCGAGUGUCGACUCGGCGUCACAGCUGGGGGAUUUCUUUUCUGCCCUUGCUGAUCAGCAAACCUUGGCUUUACUUCGCAGUCCGCUGGCUGCGUCUCCAGAAGAUGUUCAGCUCACCUUGGUUGCUGGUGGAGCAGUUGCCAUCUUGGCCAUCCUAACCUCACCGUUUAAUGAUUCGCAAGUUUCGUUUGGGUUUUUGGACUUGAUCAAAGCACUAGCUGUGGCUGGCACCUUUGCAUUGUCAUACACAUUCUCCUCGCCUUUUGGACUGCGUUCUCGUCAGAAAGUGGGUUUUGUGGCGGCAGCUCUAGUCAUGGUACUCACCAGUGCCGCGCCACACGAAGAGACCAGUCGCAUUGCUCAUUUGUCAUGGUCGAUAUUGGCGACUGGUUGCUAUUUUGCGGCACUUUUUGACGACCCCAAACCAGGCGAGCCGACGCGUUUCAAGACCGAAAUGUCAUUUGUCACAAAAUUUUUGAUCCAAAAAGGAGAAUCGUGGCCAAUUUUACAUAGCAUUCUGUUGGAGGAGGACUCUCGACGGAUAUUCUACUUUAUGUGUCUUAAUUUUGGCUUCAUGCUUGUCCAACUGACGUACGGGUUUGUUACCGGCUCACUUGGCCUGCUUAGCGACAGUAUUCACAUGUUCUUUGACUGCCUCGCUCUUGUCGUUGGCCUGUCGGCCGCAGUCAUGAGCAGAUGGCCUCCCAGCGAGCGGUUCCCUUAUGGCUAUGGCAAAGUCGACACCCUUUCAGGCUUUGCCAAUGGGAUCUUUCUCAUGAUCAUCAGCGUUGAGAUCGUCUACGAGGCUAUUGAGCGGUUAAUGUCCGGCAGCGAAAUGCGUCGAAUUCAAGAACUGCUCAUCGUCAGUAUUGCCGGCCUUGCCGUCAAUCUUGUCGGCAUCAUGGCCUUUGACCAUGCUCAUCACGGUCAUUCGCAUGGCCAUGACCACUCUCACGGAAACGAAAACAUGCACGGCAUCUUCCUGCACAUUAUGGCCGACACACUCGGGUCCGUGGCGGUGGUCAUCUCGACGAUCCUCGUCCACUUUUACGGAUGGUCGGGCUUUGAUCCCAUCGCCUCGUGCAUCAUUGCCAUUUUGAUUUUUGCCUCUGCCGUUCCGCUCGUAUCGAGCACCGCGUCGUCGCUGCUGCUCACGUUGCCUGCUGAUGUCGAGUACAAUUUGAGGGACACCCUCGCUGGAAUCAGUACGUUGAGGGGUGUGGUUGGAUACACGGUUCCCAAGUUCUGGCUCGACGAUACUUCGUCGUCGUCUGGUCAUGACCAUGGACAUGACCAUGGUCACGGACACGGUCAUUCCCAUAGCCAUGUUCACCAUGCUCAUUCUCCUUCUCAUUCCCACGAUCACGAUCACGACCAUGACCAUGACCAUGACCAUCACCAUCAUGACCACGACCAUGAUCACAGCCACGGUCACUCCGAGGCAAAAGCCUUUGGCAUGAUCCACAUCAUCGCCUCUCGCAGCGCUGAUCUCGAAGACGUGCGCAAACGAACCGUGGAGUAUCUCGGCCAAAAGAACAUGGACGUCGUCGUGCAAGUCGAGCGAGAAGGUGAAGGAAAAUGCUGGUGUGUAGGGAAUGGGACUGGCAAUAGGACGCCGUAUAUACAGUAG